AUGCCGUCCGCCGGGACUUUCCCCUUGUCCGCCCUUCUCCUCCUCCUUGUCCUCUCGGCCGAGGCGCAGCCGGUGGAAGGCCUCAUGCCGGCCGGCAACGCCACCGCGACGGAAGCAGCAGAGAUGUGCGCCGUCUUCCACGGCGGGCUGGUGGACCAGGCGCCCGUCGCCGUGUUCCUCGACGACGCCCUGCUGCUGCCGUCGGCGUCGGGCUUGGCGCCUCCACCGGCGCCAUGGCGGGCGCCUUCGCCGCCGACGCCGCCGCCAAUACUGACGGACACGCUCGCGACUACGCCUGGUGCCGCGCCUGCGCGUAAAAAGGGCUUGAGCUGGCGAGCCAAGACAUGGGUCCUCGCCGUCGCGAUGUUGAUCUUCCUGUUCCUAUCCAGGCCCGAAGCGUUCCCAGCAUCGCGCAUCGACGGCAGUGGAGCCGAUUCGCCGCUCGACGGCGACGGCGGCGGCGAGUUCUUCUACUGCGCCAUCUGCAUGGAGACGGUUGCCGACAUCCUCAAGUUCAGUGUCACCUCUUGCGGCCACGAGUUCUGCUUCAACUGCGUCGCCCAGUACGUCGCCGCGAAGCUGGGCGAGAACGCCGCGCGCGUAGACUGCCCUGACCCUGGCUGCGGUGGCGCGGGCGCCGUCGACCCGGAGAGCUGCCGCGGCAUCGUCUCCCCAGAUCUCCUCGACAAGUGGGGUUUCCUGCUCUGCGAGUCCGCGUUCGGUGCCGAUAACAAGGUGUACUGCCCGUACAGGGAGUGCUCGGCGCCUCUUCUCGCAGAUGAUGGCGGGGAGGCGAUCGCGCAGGCGGAGUGCCCGCACUGCCACCGCCUCUUCUGCGCCCGCUGCGCCGUGCCGUGGCACGCCGGCGUCGAGUGCAGGGAGUUCCAGCAGCUCGGGCAGGACGAGCGCGGACGCGACGAUCUCUUGCUCCGCCGGCUCGCCGGCCGCCAGAGGUGGCAGCGCUGCCCCAAGUGCCACAUGUACGUGGAGAAAUCGGAAGGGUGCAAUUACAUCAAAUGCAGGUGUGGAUACAGCUUCUGCUACAGAUGUGCAUCCAAGGUGUCUGCGAUAACCCAUUACUGCAACAAGUGCAAGCGCUAGCCAUCUGUUUGGUUUGGUUUGGUUCAGAUAGACCUCACCACCAAAGCUACCCAGUAUUACUUAAUUGCUAACCGACUACUAAUACUGCCAUGUUAUCUCUAGCGAAAACUGAAAAUCUAGGCUUGAGACGAUCAUCUGGAUGUAGAGAACCAGUACGAGCUAGAACCACGACUGCGCUUCGCUGCGCUGGUAAUGCAUUUUUCACAUGUGUGAAUCCAAGUUGCUGUUAUUCAAAGUGCAUUCACAAGGUAAGCACUCUCUUGGUUUACUGAAGCAGCAAAAUAGAAUCCCAGCCCAACAGGUAGCCAAUACAGGAACAUGACAGACAGCUUAACACAUCUUGAAUGCUGUAAGGUGAUCUCACAUGACCCUUAAUUUGCUCCCACCAUGAUCCAGCCAUCUUUAACCAGCUUCAACCCAAGCACUUGUUGUUCAUUAAUUCUAGCUGAAAUCUUGUUAAGUUGUUGGGUUGCAUUGGCUUACACAUGAUGGCUCCUAGACAGAUAAAACGUAAACAUCGGCUGAAACAACAGAAAAGAACUAAACACUGCAAUGCAAUAUGUGUAAACCAAAUAAAUCCAUCAUUUGCAUAUCAUGUGAAAGAACGGACCAAUACUAUAUAUGAAUGCAACACUCGGAGAUUCACUGCCAGAUGCAUAACUAUGCAUACUUACACUCAGAAGAACAAAUUAUAAUUUCUGAACAAUGAUUAGGCAACCACUUCUACUAUGGAUAUACCUCAAUUUUCUAUACAUAAGGAAGAUGCCAUUUUUGUGGACUUAUUUUCUUAUCCUUCUAGUGCUCUUCUAAACACUUCAUAACACUUCUCUCGGGUGGAAAACACCUCAUUCGUCUACUUUUGUUCAUAUAUUUUAGUCAUAUUGAUUAUUCUAUCAUUUCAUCUCCAAAGAACUGAUAGAAUUUAUUGCAAAAUUUGGAAUACAAUAUCUUUCCAUUAUUUCCUCUAAAAAUUACGGCUCUCUAUUGUUGUUUUCGUUUGCCACGUACCGUGCAUUUAUUUGUUCAUUCAGUUAUGUGGAUAAUGCUUUGAUUUGUUACCUUUGAAUAUAUGUCCUCUUUUUAGUAUGGCCAUAAUAAGGAUUUUAAAGCGUGAAUUUCUUAAACAUGGACUACUCCUGUUUUAUCCAGGUCUUAUUUACUCAAGAAUGUAUUGCAAUGCUACUAGUGUUCACUAUUUUCUGAUAAACAUGGAUUAGUCCAGAAAAUAUCAUACUAUCCGCUUAUUUAUUUCACCUAGAAGUAGAGAAGCUUAGAAAUUACCAUCUCCAAGAACAACCAUUAUGUAACUUUACAUAUACAUGCUCUUGCUUUUUCACCAUUUAAUUAGUUACACAACAUGCUAGAAAUGCAAAGAGAAUAUGUCACAUAGGCAAUAUGGAGCACGAAACAAACUAUAGGCUUUCGGUGUUGUCUUCAGGUCCUUACUUCACACAUCAGGUGUUCUACAUGGUAGCAUAACUUCUCUCUUUA